UUAAAUCUAUCCUUCUUGAAAGGGAAUCGGGAUAAAAAGUUUGAGGUGGACACACAAGUAAAAGUUUGGAGAGUUGGAGGGAAAGGGUUAACUCCAGAGAGAAGAUGAGCGACACAGAAGCAUCUGAGCAACCUCAGCCAGAAAGAAAAGUUAUCGCGACAGGUGUGCAGGGGACUGUGAAAUGGUUCAAUGUGCGCAAUGGAUAUGGCUUCAUCAAUAGAAAUGAUACUAAAGAAGAUGUGUUUGUUCAUCAGACUGCAAUAAAAAAAAAUAACCCAAGAAAGUUUCUCAGAAGUGUGGGGGACGGUGAGGUUGUGGAGUUUGAUGUUGUCGAAGCAGCUAAAGGCUCAGAGGCAGCAAAUGUGACUGGUCCAGGGGGUAUACCAGUCAAAGGCAGUCGAUACGCCCCCAAUAAACGAAGAUUCCGUAGGCGCUUUUACCCCCGUAAUGCACAACCUGCUGAAGGAGAGGAGAAAUCUGGGGGGGCUCCAGCAGGGCCCAUAUCUGAGGGAGAGGGCAGUGAAGAGAAAGGAGCCCCUCAGCCACAUCCUCGGCGCCAGCGCCCACGCAGAAGACCUGUUCAGCCACAAGGCGAGGGAGAAGCUGGAGAGAAGAAUGAAGAAGUAGAUGGUGCCCAGCAGAGGCCGCCACCACGCAGGUUCAGACCUCGAUUUCGAAGGCCAUUACGUCCUCGCCCAACCCCUGGGGAGGAUCAACAGACAGUUGUCCCUGCAGAAGAGCAAGAGUCGCCCCCUAAAGGGAGCCAGACCAAUAGGGAGCAGACUGAGGGGCAGCCCCGGAAACCCCGCAGACAGUUCAGUCGGCGCAGACAGACGAAAUCUGAAUCUGGUGCCUCUAAAGAUGGAGAUGAACCUGAAAAACCUGAGUCCCUGGCUCAGGCCUCCAAACCUGCUAACGUCAAAUCCUCUUCUGAAGCUUCCCCGAAACAAUCCCUUAAAACUGAUACACCUCCUCCCACAGCUUCCAAGCCUUCAGAAUGAUUUCUGUGACCUGGGAGGAAUCAUGUGACCCCUGGCAAGAGGUUCCCAGUUGGGUUAGUUUGGGGGUAGGACCUUGCUUGUCUCGUCAAACAUUCAACCAAUGUACAAACAACUUGCCCCUCACUUCUACAUCCUUGUCCCUCCCCCAAUUUGAUUCACCACUUGAGGUCUGGAACAUUUAUCUGUCAGGGAGAAAGAAAAAGAAGGAUGGAUGGAAAGGAAGGGGCUGUUGAUGAAGGGAGGGUUGGGUUGAUGCAUCUUUAGCCAUUUAAAAUUAAAAAAAAAAAAAAAAAAAAGAGAGAGAGAGAAACCUGCUCUGAAAGCCCAUUAUAUUUGCAAUAUUUCCCCUUUGUAGUUUUGUUCUGUAUUAUGGGCGAUGAGCAGUAGAGAAAACUUGACCAGUUCAGCUACUUUAAGUUAAUCAGUGAGAGGAAAUGCCAUCCAGUGUGAUGAGCCCUGCACAGACUCUUCUCUUACUUGUAACUAGAUAAAAAGGGAAGAUAUGCAUCCAGUCAAAAUACAAACUGGUUCAAGAUUGUCCCUUUUUCUUUUCUUUUGGUAUGUUCUUUUCUUUAAUGGGGGUUAUGUGCAAUGCCAGUGAAGUAAAUAAAGUAUUUGCAAAGCCUUCUGACUCUUCUUUGGACCUUUUGGUCUAAAUGUGUUUUUUUGUGUCGGUCAUUUCUGACAGAAAAUUCAGAAGUCUGCAUUCAUGAUUGACAUCUCAAAAUGUAUCUCAAGCUUAAUUUAUCAAUUUAUCCUCGCUCUCUUGUACCAAACCUUGUUGAAAAACUGGUCAACCUUUUUGUUCAUGUACAGUUGUUAAAAAGAUUGUCAGAGAACAAAAACACGUUUUAUUCAACCAUAUAAAGUUAUGUCAAAAAGUUUACACUUAACUAACACCUCAAAAUUUGACAACAGAAUUCAACUUACAAGGAGUAUAGGUUUUUCACUCAGAUAGCACACCACUUGUUUUUUUUUUUUUUUUUUUUUUUUUU